GGCCCUCGUUCCCUAAGGCGUGCCGCCUCCCUGUUUUCAGUUGCAGGCUGAAGCCUUGUCUGCCCUCCUCCUUUUUGGUUUGGUUUUGGAACUGAUUCCGAGGUUUGGGAGAGCGCGUUGGUGGCGACGGCCGAGUCAGGCUGUCUUUUGAAGAAGAUCAGAAUGGGGAAAGACUUUUGUAAAUUACCAUUUAAAAACAAUCUGCCAUGUUGAUUUUGGUCCAUCAGAAGAUAUUUAAACCAGAAUGGAUUAGGUGAAUUCUUCACCAUCUCUGGAAGAACAAUUCUAUUCACGCAAUCAUAGCAUAUGAUGAGAAGAAGGCACAGCCAUGUCUGUUUGGAUAAACUGCCAAGUUUUAAGCCAGAAACAGUAAUCAUUAAGAUAUUGCAAAUCAGAUCACUAUAAACAAAAUUUCCACGAGAGAAAAUGUUGAAAUAGGAGUUGCGGAUACACUGGAUAUACUGGAUGAAAUACAAGCGGUUAAUUUUUGUAACGUGAGGGAAAAGCCCACAUUGCUGGUUACAUGUGUAAAUCACUGCGUUACUGCUUUAGUCAUUGUCUCUAUUUAGCAAUGACAAGACUGGAAGAAGUAAAUAGAGAAGUGAACAUGCAUUCUUCAGUGCGGUAUCUUGGCUAUUUAGCCAGAAUCAAUUUAUUGGUUGCUAUAUGCUUAGGUCUAUACGUAAGAUGGGAAAAAACAGCAAAUUCCUUAAUUUUGGUAAUUUUUAUUCUUGGUCUUUUUGUUCUUGGAAUCGCCAGCAUACUCUAUUAUUAUUUUUCAAUGGAAGCAGCAAGUUUAAGUCUUUCCAAUCUUUGGUUUGGAUUCUUGCUUGGCCUCCUAUGUUUUCUUGAUAAUUCAUCCUUUAAAAAUGAUGUAAAAGAAGAAUCAACCAAAUAUUUGCUUCUGACAUCCAUAGUAUUAAGGAUAUUGUGCUCUCUGGUGGAGAGAAUUUCUGGUUACGUCCGUCAUCGACCCACUUUACUAACCACAAUUGAAUUUCUGGAGCUUGUUGGAUUUGCCAUUGCCAGCACAACUAUGUUGGUGGAGAAGUCUCUGAGUGUCAUUUUGCUUGUUGUUGCUCUGGCUAUGCUGAUUAUUGAUCUGAGAAUGAAAUCUUUCUUAGCUAUUCCAAACUUAGUUAUUUUUGCAGUUUUGUUAUUUUUUUCCUCAUUGGAAACUCCCAAAAAUCCGAUUGCUUUUGCAUGUUUUUUUAUUUGCCUGAUAACUGAUCCUUUCCUUGACAUUUAUUUUAGUGGACUUUCAGUAACUGAAAGAUGGAAACCCUUUUUGUACCGUGGAAGAAUUUGCAGAAGACUUUCAGUCGUUUUUGCUGGAAUGAUUGAGCUUACAUUUUUUAUUCUUUCAGCAUUUAAACUUAGAGACACUCAUCUCUGGUAUUUUGUAAUACCUGGCUUUUCAAUUUUUGGAAUUUUCUGGAUGAUUUGUCAUAUUAUUUUUCUUUUAACUCUUUGGGGUUUCCAUACCAAAUUAAAUGACUGCCAUAAAGUAUAUUUUACCCACAGGACAGACUACAAUAGCCUUGAUAGAAUCAUGGCAUCCAAAGGGAUGCGCCAUUUUUGCUUGAUUUCAGAGCAGUUGGUGUUUUUUAGUCUUCUUGCAACAGCGAUUUUGGGAGCAGUUUCCUGGCAGCCAACAAAUGGAAUUUUCUUGAGCAUGUUUCUAAUUGUUUUGCCAUUGGAAUCCAUGGCUCAUGGACUCUUCCAUGAAUUGGGUAACUGUUUAGGAGGAACAUCUGUUGGAUAUGCUAUUGUGAUUCCCACCAACUUCUGCAGUCCUGAUGGUCAGCCAACACUGCUUCCCCCAGAACAUGUACAGGAGUUAAAUUUGAGGUCUACUGGCAUGCUCAAUGCUAUCCAAAGAUUUUUUGCAUAUCAUAUGAUUGAGACCUAUGGAUGUGACUAUUCCACAAGUGGACUGUCAUUUGAUACGCUGCAUUCCAAACUGAAAGCUUUCCUCGAACUUCGGACUGUGGAUGGACCCAGACAUGAUACGUAUAUUUUGUAUUACAGUGGGCACACCCAUGGUACAGGAGAGUGGGCUCUAGCAGGUGGAGAUACACUACGCCUUGAAACACUUUUAGAAUGGUGGAGAGAAAAGAACGGUUCCUUCUGUUCCCGGCUUAUUAUCGUAUUAGACAGCGAAAAUUCAACCCCUUGGGUGAAAGAAGUGAGGAAAAUUAAUGACCAGUAUAUUGCAGUGCAAGGAGCAGAGUUGGUAAAAACAGUAGAUAUUGAAGAAGCUGACCCGCCACAGCUAGGUGACUUUACAAAAGACUGGGUAGAAUAUAACUGCAACUCCAGUAAUAACAUCUGCUGGACUGAAAAGGGACGCACAGUGAAAGCAGUAUACGGUGUGUCAAAACGGUGGAGUGACUACACUCUGCAUUUGCCAACGGGAAGCGAUGUGGCCAAGCACUGGAUGUUACACUUUCCUCGUAUUACAUAUCCCCUAGUGCAUUUGGCAAAUUGGUUAUGCGGUCUGAACCUUUUUUGGAUCUGCAAAACUUGUUUUAGGUGCUUGAAAAGAUUAAAAAUGAGUUGGUUUCUUCCUACUGUGCUGGACACAGGACAAGGCUUCAAACUUGUCAAAUCUUAAUUUGGACCCCAAAGCGGAAUAUUAAUAAGCACUCAUACUACCAAUUAUCACUAACUUGCCAUUUUUUGUAUGCUGUAUUUUUAUUUGUGGAAAAUACCUUGCUACUUCUGUAGCUGCUCUCACUUUGUCUUUUCUUAAGUAAUUAUGGUAUAUGUAAGGUGUUGGGAAAAAACAUUUUAUAAUGAAAGUAUGUAGGGAGUCAAAUGCUGACUGUAAAUGCGUAAGAGAUGUUAAAAAUAACACUGCACUUUCAGGAAUGUUUGCUUAUGGUCCUGAUUAGUAAGAAAACAGUUGUCUAUGCUCUGCAAUGGCCAAUGAUGAAUUACUAAUGCCUUAUUUUCUAGGCAUAUAAUAGUUUAGAGAAUGUAGACCAGAUAAAUUUGUUUACUAUUUUAAGAAAACUACCAGUUUACUUACAGAAGAUUCUUUUUUCUAAACAGUAGGUUUCAUCCAAGACCAUUUGAAGAACUGCAAACUCUUUCUCUUAGAAAACAAAGAGGGCUGCCUAAAAUAAACACAAAAUUUGCUUCUACUCCAUCACAUUCAGAUGUCUUGGUUGUGACCUAUUGCCAGUGUAGCAGAGAACCCAAGUUACAUUUUAGAUCAAAACUUUGUUUAUGUAGGUAUUGUUAAAAGGCUAGUGCCUACAAAUUUCCCUUUCAUGCUUUGGUCAGGGGGCCCUGAAAACACUGGUAAUAUUAAGAGUCUUUCUCAGGGUAACUUAAUGUUUUCUUAAUGAACAAUGUUUCCAGCUACAAAUUCUUCCAAUAAACUGUCUUCCUUUUUGAAAAGUACUCUCAUAGAAGAAAUUUAGCAAUUUCUCAUUUACUGACUCAAUCUAAGUAUUCAGAAAAGAUUUUGAUCCCUAUUGAGUUAAUGCUCUGCCAUGAAAAUUAUUUUUCUGAUCCUUGUUAGUGAUAACAUUUUUUUUCUACUGAAGGUCAAAGGAUAGGAAACAAGUCAUUUCUCUUCUUGUAUACAUGUAAUGUAUUAUGUAAAAAAGUAUUCAUAUUGGCAAUUUUAGUUAGGCAUAAUAGUGUGGUUGUAAUUUUUAAAACUUAGUGUUUGUCUGAUUAAAGCAGGCACUGAUCAGGGUAUCUCCUAAGAGGUAAUUCACUUCUAAUUCCUUUCCAAUAAUUAUUACAUUCUAAAUUUUCGUCUAUGAGAAAUAACAAGAAGGGAAUAGAAUUAAAUUGGAGAAUAAUCUUCAUUGUUUAAAUGGUUUGACUUCUCACCAUUGAAGCCAUUUUUUCUAGCCUCAGAAAGAGGAAAUAAUGCCUCCACCAUUUUCUACCUGGUGACUUGAAAAUUGAACUUUUCAGUUAGGAAGAAGAGUCGGGGAACUUGUAUACCACUAUCUAUGCAGCAUUGUUAUAGUCUGAUUAUUUCUGUGUGUUGAGUAUGAUUUUCCUAAUGCUCUAAAUAAAAUUUU